AUGGACCUGGGGCAUGGCCGCCAGCUGCCGUGGAUUGUUGGGAAGUUGUCGGUGGCAGUGACAAGGGCGGAGUUUUGGUGCGAGAUGGGCAGAGCACCAGCUCGACACAUCAUUGAUGAGCUGGAGAAGAUUGGCGAACGAGUUCGUUAUCAGCUAAUCACUGGACAAGGGCCGCCAACUGGUUGGGUGGCUUGGCAGAAGGUCAGCAUUAGCUUGAAAGGCAAAGAGCUCUUACGAAGCGUGCGAGGGGGCCAGUUGCCCGUGAUGCCACGGACCAUUGGGCUUCCUACCUGGGCAGCUCUCCCGGACAAGGCCAAGAAGCAGUUCCCCGAAAAGUCCCGGAAGCCAAUGAUUCGACUCUACUGUUUCCCUGGGGCAGCUGAUAACUACAUGUUGUGGUUGGAACUUGCAACUUCAGCACCACCAUGGUGUGAAGUCGCAGUUUAUGAGCCGCGUGCCCAUGGCUUUCGUCCCGAUGAAGCUUGGGAUCGGAGCCUGGAAGAGCGUGCAGAGGAUGCCUUUCGGGUCAUGCGUCCUGCCUUUGAGACUCAUGCCUCUGGCGGGGUGUCUGAAGGCGCCCCAUUUGGAUUCUUAUCUCAUGGAGUUGGCGGACAGUUCAUGGCCUUGCUGGCCCACCGCUUGAAGCAGGAAUUGAAUUUGGAGCCGUUGGUGGUCUUCGCCAAUGAUGGGCCCCCGCCCAAUGUACCAACUCUGUCCGAGGAUGGUUACAGGUGUGAGGACGUGCUUGGUUUCUACAAAGUGUUUCAGCCAGAUACAAUACUGCAGUAUGAGAAGAUGGGAGGAAAAGGGAACAAGGCCGCUGAGGCUUUGAUACAGAAGUGGUCCCGGGGUUUGAGACUUUUCGAAGAACAUGCUCGUCGAGGUUCCCAGCCUUGCGAUAGGUAUCACCAGUUUGGUUGCGAUUUGCACGUGCUUGUCGCACAACACAGCGUCGACAUGGACCGGGCUUUCGAAGAGCUUGACGCCCUUCAUCCUCAACGUGCCUGGUGGGAGCAACGCAAGAAGAUCACCGGUGCAGCAGAAUCUGGCUGCAACUGGGACCGGGAUGGCUUCAAGAAGUGGGCGGAAUGGACCGCCGAACCGGAUGAUUUUCAUUACCACGAGGUAGACACUGACCAUAUGACCAUCAAGAACUCGCCACUGAUGCGUGACAUUGUGUUCAAAGAGUUGGGAGGCUUCUGUGGAAUGGAUGACUGA